AUGACCAGCCCACUAUCCUGGCUGAGCAGGAAGAUAUCUCUCUUCAAGGUGUGUAAAUGGAUGGGACUCAAUUGCUUCCGGUCGCUGUUCAGCUCCUUGCCUAACAUUCGCCGGAAGAGACAAAUGGACCAGCUGCAGGAGGAAACGGCUUUUCUGGAAGAGAUAGGAGUUUUCCGUGGGAAAAUAGAAGACUUCAGGGCAGCGAUGUGGCAUUUCCGAGGCAAGAUCCGUGCCUUCCAGGACCAGGUCUUGAGCUCCUGGGAUGAGGAGAGACCUUUCUGGGAGGAGGAGGAGGAAGCCUUCUGGGAGGAGGAGAAAACCUUCUGGGAAAUAGAGAAGUCUUUCCGGGAAGAGGAGGAAGCCUUCUGGGAAAAGCACUGUCUCUUCUGGAAGGAGGACAAGGCCUUGCAGGAAAUAGACCUGUACCUUCUUCAGGAGGACAAGGCGCUCUGGGAGGAAGGGAAGGCCCUGUGGGUCGAGGAACGCGCUCUUCUGGAGGAGGAGAAGGCCCUGUGGGGGGACAGCAAGUCCCUCUGGGGGGAAGAGGUGGCCCUCUUGGAGGAGGAGAACGGGUACUGGGUGGAAGGGGACGGCCACGCUGUUGGGGAGCAGAUGGGUGAGAAUGGGCACCGUGAUGCCCAGAGCGGGCCGUGGUCACCCCCUUUCCCCCGGAGCCGGGCAUGA